CUGCUCCUGCUGCUGGUGGUGGUGCCGUGGUGCUGGUGGUGGUAGACAGCGAAGCCGGCGAACCACCUCGGUUUGGUUGGCAUCCUCCGGUCCCCUCCACCCCCCCCCCCCCUCCUUCCCCCACCCCCACAGAGGCGAGAAGCUUCCGGAAGCUUCGGGGAGGAAGUACCCCUCCUGGGCUCGCAAUGCCGGAGGAGAAGGAGUACGCGCCCGUGCCGCUCGGCCAGGCGCCGGAGGCGGUGGACCCCGAGGACCCGGUCAAGUCGCCGCCGCGGCCAAGCUCGCCGGCCACCUCCACCCGGAAGGCAUGUUUUGCUGUUCUUCAAAGCUGGGUAUCAAGAAAAUUUAUGACAGGAUGUGUAGUUCUUUUCCCAAUCGCUGUCACAUUCUUCGUUACCUGGUGGUUUAUUAAGUUUGUUGAUGGCUUUUUCAGUCCACUAUAUGCAAAGCUUGGAUUUGAUAUAUUUGGCCUUGGGUUUUUGACUUCCUUGGUAUUCAUACUGCUAGUUGGAAUAUUUGUUUCUUCAUGGGUUGGUUCAACUGUCUUCUGGAUUGGGGAAUGGUUUAUAAAGAAAAUGCCUUUUGUAAGGCACAUAUAUUCUGCAUCAAAGCAAGUUAGCACUGCUGUUUCACCAGAUCAAAAUACAACAGCAUUUAAAGAAGUUGCAAUAAUUAGUCAUCCCCGUAUUGGUGAAUAUGCAUUUGGAUUCAUAACAUCAACGAUGAUCCUUCAGACUGACAAAGGUGAUGAAGAGCUGUGCAGUGUGUAUGUUCCAACCAAUCAUCUAUAUAUUGGUGACAUCUUCUUGGUUAGGUCUGAGGAGAUUAUAAGGCCGAAUUUGUCCAUUCGAGAAGGGAUAGAAAUCAUUGUUUCUGGAGGAAUGACCAUGCCACAGGUAAUUGCAGCGCCAGGACAAACACCCCAUAAGGGUCAGAGCACCCGUUUAAACAGAAUGAUGAGUGCGUGAGACAUGACAUCAGGUUUGCUCAGGGUUGCUGAAGAGGGCAAAUCCGCCAAUGAUACAAACUGUAACAAGGUGACUGAGAAAGCAGCAUUGCUGGUAGAUUAGGCAGAUCAAAACACGAAAGUCAGCGUCGACUAUCGUGCGCGUCUCUUCUGUGUGCUCGCUGAUUGAAAAAUUGUGUAAUCUUUCAUGCACGCCCCAAAUGUAUACCAGUACUGUGACCAAUAGUAUUUAUACUCCUUUAAGUAAAAAAGAAAAGAUCGAUAGUAUUUCUACCUUGUCGACUUCACUGUGUCCCGGUUCUUAUACACGUGAACUGAAAGUCUAAAACCAUGGUGAUGGUGGUAAAUCAUUGUCAA